CGAGAAACCACCUAUUAGUAGAUCCCAGUGACAAAGCUUUUUUAAAUAGCUGAAAUUUUUUACAAUUUAGCAAUAAACGCUUACGCUAUAUUCAAAAUUCAGUCAACGGCUCAAAAACUAUAUGAAAACAAACAAACAAACAGAGUGAACGGCAAAAAAGUAAACCUCCCGAAUACUACUGAUCGAUUUACGAUUUUGUAAUAAUGUUCUCGUCAACAGGAUUCGACUUACUUCUUCUGGCCGCUGGUAUUUCUGACCCUCCAGUUGGGGAAGAAGUGGCAAGUAUAGUUGCUGAUACUCCCACGGUUGCAAAUUUCGAGGAAGUAGAAUUUGUAAACAAAACUACAAACAACACUUUCCUCGAAGGUGUUUCGAUGAUUAUAUCAUCAACGCCGAUAAGAAAAAGCGGAGUCAUAACAUUCACUGAUCCCCGACAAACACUUCCACUAGAUUUAUCAGUAUCAAUGAUUGAGAACGAGCAACCUUUAAAUUUAACGAUGCAGACUAGCGAUGUUCCAUUAGAUCUGGCUAUGCCGAAAAGUAAUACUUCGAAGAAGUUAGCAACGGAAAAGGCGAUAAAUUUGUGUGUGGCGAUACCCGAACAGAAACAAAGCUUAACCAUAUCAUCUCUUCCGUCCACUCAUCAAGGGAUUCUUCCCGAAUCUGUCGAAUAUGUGGAAAAAGCUUCAAACGCUCGGUUUACUUUGCCGGCGCAGUGUGCUGCACAAGCCAAGUACAAAAAUGAUAUGGGACCUGGUUUGUACGUGUUAUCACCACAGUACAGUGAAUCAGGCAGUGAAACCGCAUUUGACCACACGAAAACGAUGGAUCACCAGGGACAAAGCAUGACCGUUUCGAUCGCUGAAUCCUUCAAAGAUUCAGACCGUUCAAAAUAUUCAAAUCCGGGGUACAUUCAGGAGAAUGAUACUGAUAGCGACUCAGAAAACCAUGAGAACGUAACGGUUGAAGUUUCGGAGUAUUUUGAACCAUUUGCUAAUCAGACUUUGAUCAGUACCGAUGAGAGUAGCGAUGAAAGCAACUGCGAAAGUGAGGGCAAUAGCGACAUAGAACAGAAAGUUUCAGUCACAACGUCGCCUUUUCAUUCCUUUGACGACAACCAAGGCGAUAACUCUGACAAGGAUCAAUUGAUAAGUAGGAAGAAACGUCCUGCAUGGGUCAUCCGAAAGGAACGGAAAGAACGAGGGUUCAAGUAUCAGAGAACUAAUGGUACUUUUGCUCCUGCACGAAGCAUAAAAAAGGCUUGUCAGUGCUCGCGGCUUGAAUGCUAUUCAAAGUACAACGAUACGUUGCGCGGUAAUAUCCUAAAAAAUUUAUUGAAACUGUCAUCAUCUGGCCAGAACCAAUUUAUUUGUAGUCAUGUAAUCGUCAAGCCUAUUGCCAGAACACGCGUAAUUAACUCACGAAGGAUUGCAACAAGAAUAUAUAACCUCCCCGCACUGAACGGUCAAAAUCGUGUGUGCAAAACUAUGUUCGUUAACACUCUUGACAUCGGUGAUAAAAAAGUUCGAUGGUUGGCCACGAAAAGUGUAGCUAAUGGCGGUAUAUGUCCUGAUGACAUGCGAGCUGACAAUUUCAAUCCACAUGCCUUGACCGAACAAGAAAUCGAUUCGAUUAAACAGCAUAUCAUGUCGUUCCCUUCGAGUGAGUCGCACUACUCUCGCGAAAAAUCAUCCAAAAAAUAUUUGAGCAGUGACCUGUCUGUAGCGAAAAUGUACGACCUUUAUAAAGAACAGUGCACAACGAUAAAAGCCCAUGCUGUUCAUUAUAACACAUAUAGGAAAGUGUUCCGCUCCUUGAAUCUAUCAUUUAGAAAACCGCGCGUUGAUACCUGUAAUACUUGCGAUGAAAUGCAAACUCGAUUACGUAUGGCUACAGAUGGUGAAAAAGCACCAAUCAAAAAGGAGCUUGAAACUCAUCACCAAAACGCCCAAGAUGUGUAUAAUCAGAAGCGUUUAGACAUUGAAAAGGCCAAAAAUGCCGAUGAUACAUGUACGAUAUCUUUCGAUCUGCAGAACCCACACUUGAAUUGCGGAGAGGUGUUUUAUCUGCGACAAAUGUACACCUACAACCUCACAAUAUUCGUUACAGAUAAGUCGGGUAACACAGCUAGGUGUUGUUUGUGGGAUGGAAGUCAAGCUAGACGUGGUGCCCAAGAAGUGGGGUCGUGUCUAUUGAAAUUUUUAUUCGAGUUACCGAAGAACAUUAGGUUUCUCAACUGCUACUCUGACAGAUGCUUCGGACAGAACUGCAAUACUAUUAUUUGUAGUAUGUUUUCUGCCUUCACGAUUCACUGCAUUGAACAAAAAAGAGAUAUAACUAUUACGCAUAACUUCAUGGUUAGCGGACAUUCGCAUAUGGAAUGUGACAGUGUUCAUUCAACUAUAGAGCGGGCCAAGAAAAAGUCAUCAAUUAAUAUCGAAAUCCCCAAAGAUUGGUCAACUUUCAUCAGCGGUAUUCGUCGUAAGGUUCCAUUCAAAGUAGUCGAAAUGGAACAACAGGAUUUUUUGGCACUGAAAGAUUUGGACAAAAUAUUCAAAAAGCCUUCUCUUGAUAUUGAUGGUAAUGGUUUAAGAUUUCAAAAAAUUAUGUGCUUCAGGUACCAAACGACACUUCCCGGAUGUAUUGAGUUCAAAUAUGAUAUAUCAAAUCCAACCUGGUCACAGUUCAUAUUUGGGAGUGCUAAUAUAAGAACUGUAGUUUUACCGGAUCCAAUUAACAGAGAGCCAAUCGCUUUGCCACAAGCUAAGUUGGAUGAUUUGAGGAAGCAAUUAAAAUAUAUUAAAAACAAACCAUACUACGAAACGUUCCUCAAAGAAAUAGUUCCCAAAAAAAGAGGUCGGAAACCAGUGAAUAAUGCUCCCGAUAACUUCGAUAUGGAUAUGGACAUGGAACUUCAUGAAGAAGAAAUUGAUGUCAAAUUUGUUUUAGCGAGUGUGAUCCUCUCAUAUGAUUGUUUGUGUAUAUGCUGACAAUAAAAAUAAAAA